GAUUAGCUGUGUUGAGCAUGCAAAUUUAAUCAAAAAUUCUAUCAUUAAAGGAAUUUGGAAAAUAGGCAUUCCAUGGUGGUGCAAGAGAAAAAUGCGUGAACAUAGAGAACAAAAACAGUAUGCACAUGCUAAAAAAUUACAAAAGUUCGAGCACUCGUAAAACAAUAAAAUGAAAGAACAUGUAUUUACAUUAUUAUAUUA